AUGACAAGCAAGCCCCAUGCAAGCACAUAUUUAUCCGCUGUGCCGGUCGGCGCGCUUGGACUGUUCUGCAUGGCCGCCGCCUCGGUUCAACGCAUCAAUGCAUUGCUUCAACGAAGCUCAAUCGACGACCAUGAAGAAGUUAUCAAAGCUUGCAAUGCGGUACUGAAAAAGUCGAGAAACGACCUUGACGCCCUUCACGUGAAAACCGUCGCUCUGCUAAAAUUGGACCGGUACGAAGAUGCGAUUCGAGUGGUGGAGGAAGGCGGGGAUGCGUUGAAGGAAAGGGUCCCUCUGGAAUGGUCUUACGCUUUAUAUAAGGUUGGGAAACUGGAAGAUGCGAUAAAGCUGGCCACAGCUUCUGGGACUGGGAGAGGAGGAAAACAUGUCGAAGCCCAAGUGACAUAUCGUGCGGAAAACUUCCAUCGCACUGCGGAGGUUUACAGAGAGCUAUCUGCAGAGCAUUCGGCGCCUGCGGGGGAGCAAAAUGACCUGCGAAUUAACUCGCGAGCGGCGGAGGCACAGCUCCAGUGGGCUGGACUGGCAAAUCAAGUCCAGAAUACAAAACCAAGCCGAGAAGACCUAGAGUCUUUCGAAACAACUUAUAAUCUGGCAUGCAGCGCCAUAGGGAGGGGGGAAUUACAGACAGGAGGGGUACUACUGAAGCGAGCAAAGGAACUCUGUAAAUCAUCCGAGGAUCUUACACCCGAAGAUAAGGUUGCGGAAAUUCUCCCAAUUGCCGUUCAACAAUUAUAUGUCGCGCUAAGACAAGGGAAGACAGAGGAAGCCAGAAGCCUGGCGGAAGAAAUCAACUUAGCGGAAAUUUCCGAGAUUUCCACCAAGAAAAUCGCUCAAAAUAACAUUCUUCUUACCUCCAAACUUGAAUCAAAUCCAUAUUUACUACACAAGCACUUCCAUCAAAUCCCAUCCGCAACAGAGGGCGAUCGACUAUUCUCAUUCCAGAGUCGAACCUUGACUGAAAACUCAUAUGCGGUAGAUCUGCUGGUCCGCAAAUUUGACGGCUUAGCAAAAUCGACUCAGAGAGCACUGUCCCAACAUCCCACUCCCACUAUAUCGCCCGACAUCAACACCCUCUCCAUUUUCAACAUUGCUGCUCACGCUCGAGACGGAUCAGAUAAAGCUGGUCUCAAAGAAGCACUUCAGCUUGUCGCAAAAAGACCGAAUGAUGUUGGUCUUGUGCUCGCUCUCAUCCAAUUCUAUGUUUCCGCUGGAAACCUUAACUCUGCAAUCUCUGUUCUGGAAGCAUUCUUGAAGCGUUUAGAUCAAUCAAUGUCAGAGUCAGAUAAGGACAUUCGAUUCAACCCGGGCCUCAUCGGCAUCCUGGCUUCCCUUUAUAACACACAGGGCCGCAAAUCCCACAUGAAGGCAGAGCUCGCAAAAGCUGCAUCACACUGGCGAUCACGUCCUGACAAAUCUCCAUCACUCCUCCGUGCCGCAGGCUCACUGCUCCUCACAUCUGGAGAAGCCACAGACCUCACCCUGGCAGGCCAAUUAUUCACGGAGCUCCAUAACGCCGACCCAAAUGAUCAGUUUUCAACCGCAGGGUACAUUGCAGCGUACGCGACAACAUCGCCUGAUAGGGUCAAAUCGAUGGUGGAUAAACUUUCACCUGUCCAAGACCUUAUUGCCGACAUCGAUGUCACCUCCCUGGAAGCGGCGGGCAUACCCUCCGUCACAACAGCAGCAGCAACGACAACGGCGACAACAACAGCAUCGUCAUCGAUAUUAGCCACAAGCUCCCCUCUCCCAAGCAACCGUAAACGCGCGGCAGCCGAUGACAACAACAGCAAGCAGGCUACUACGAAGAAACGAGUCCGCAAAUCACGAUUACCCAAGGACUACGACCCUAACAAGAAGCCGGAUCCAGAACGCUGGCUACCGUUGCGGGAUCGCUCAAGUUACCGGGCAAAGGGGAAGAAGGGGAAACAGAGAGCCGCUGAGCGUACGCAGGGCGGCGUCGUUAUUGAAAAGAGCGGGGAGUCGGCUGGCAGCACGCCUGUCAUCCAGCCAAAGGCCCAGGGGGGUGGAGGGAAUCAGAAGAAGAAAAAGGGCAAAGGAAAAAAGUGA